AUGGUGGCUCACGGUAUUCCGCUCAACACACUCAAGGACUGUCUCAUGUUCCUUGGCUGGCUGCAUAAGAAUCAAAAUAACGUGCAAGAUCAGGUGGCAAGUGAGCUGUUCAAACGUAUUGAUACAUAUUAUAAUAACCCUGGGUUUGAGGUACUAUUGCCAGGUUCCUUAGAUGGUUUCCUCCGCCAUGUGUCGGAGCUUUAUGGGCAAAUAAGCACAUCCGCAACAUUGAGCGAUUAUAAAAACAAAAAUCCUGAUGACGUUGUAAAAGCCUUUUCCGAGUGCCUCCCCAAGGUUCACGCUGCGUUUUCCCUAUUGCUGUUUCACGUCGACACUAAUUACGGCGGUGUGGGCGGUGGACGUUGGGCUGAAUUAUUCAUGAAGCAAUCUGGUGGGUUACUGGGUAAUGGGCUUCAAACAUUUUUCACUGCUACAGCUGACAUCACAGGUAUUAUAGACGGGGGAUUUGAAACCGGUGAGUUGAACGACGUGCAAGGAAAAACACUUGCACGGAAUCUAGACCUUGCGCUCACAAGAUAUACGCUAACUCCAGACGUUUUCACUAGCGUUCUUUUCAACAAUUUAGUUAAGGAUGAUUGGCAUAAACUGGACGCUGGGAAUGUUUUGCUAUUGCUCUGGGCUUUUUGCGGAUAUGUAGAGGAACACCAAAAGGAUGACAGUGGUCUGAAAAUAAAAUUGGAAGCGGAGCUUAGAAGUAGAGGCAUGUGUUUCAAAUGGGAAAAAUUGGUAGCACAUUGCAAAACACUUAAAGUAUCACUUAAUAAGUUGUUUGGCGGUGAUGAUGAGUUCAGUUAUAAACCCUUCACCACUAGUGGGAGGGCGUUUACCGCUACUGCCCUUAAGCCCGAAGCGUUUGCCGAGGCAUUCGAGAAGUGGUUUGAAAAGCAUUGGGAGCAGAUUACAGGGGCGUUGGGAGAGAUUAAGGAGAGCGUUGCCGAUUUAGAAAGCGAUCCUAAUGACUUUUCGCCCGAGACCAUAUAUUCCUACGGUAUCGUAUUGAACAAGGGCCAAAAGAACAAGUGGACAGUGGGAUUGACAAGCCUGUUCGGUGUUUUGGAAACGCUUGGCAAUGAACAUAGCGGCGGCCUGAAAACGCUCAAAGAAAUUCUGGGAGGGGAAAAGUGUCCAGUUACGCCUCCAAAACUACGACCCAGGCAGCCGCCUGCGCCCAGGCCUCCGAGACCUGCACCUCCACCUCUAAGGCCGGCGAAGCCUUUCACUCCAACUGACAGCGCAAGGCCGGUUGCCACUAAAACAGAGGCUGCAAAACCUGUGGCUACCAAAACAGAGGCUGCAAAACCUGUGUCCGCAAAGCCUCCGAUGUCAUCAAAUCGGAAUAAUGGUCAAAAUCAAGGACAUUCUCCAACUUCACCGGUUGUAACCUCUACUGCUUCAACUACAUCUUCCGGUGAUCAAGGAGAUCCAGGCCCGGCAGGGCCUAGUGGUGGUAAAGGUGAUACAGGCCUGAAAUGGCCUCCUGGUGCAGGGUCUUCGACAUCUUCUCCGGCUCGAGAUACAUCAGGUAACCAAGGUGUUCAGACUCAGCCUGAUGGAAAACCAGGCUCGCCAGCGCAUUUCCCUCCCCCUUCGCCGCCUGCUCCUCCCCCUCUUCCUGGACCCCGUGGGAUCCCUGGUCACCCAGAUGUCGGAGGUGCAGGUUCCAAGGGCGGUGAUGUUUCUGGUCAACAGCCUGGUCUCCAUCCACCAACUGUGUCUCCUCGGCCUCCGGGUGCUUCAGGUUCAGGCUCUGGGGCAGCUGGUGGCCAGGGGACUGGGCAACAAGGUGGUCGAGAUGUUAGUCAACAAGUUACUCAAAAUGGUAUUCAACCAACAAGUCAAGGCACUGGGCAAGCUACAAGCAGCGUCGGUACUACGUCGGCUGGCUCGGUGCCUGGUGGAGGUGUAGGUGGGAGUGGAGGGAUUAAGCUUCCCUUUGAUGUGGAAGUUGCGAAAAAAAGGCUCCAGCAGCAGUAUGAUCAGAGGAUCAGAGACGCCGAUAUGUUUGUUAAAACAUUAGAUAGAAUGACCAAUAACGUCAAACAAAGAAGAGAACAGCGCCAGAAAAAAUUGGCUGCGCAACGAAAACGUCAAAGAUGGAGAGCGCAGCAGUAUUAUGAUCCGAAAGAUUUUACCAGGGCUCCGCAUUCUGCCAUGCACUACGCUCCCAUGGCGCUUGAUGGCAUGGACAUGUCAAAUGAAUCUUCGAGUGACCCCGCGCAGGAGUGGUAUCUUCAGCAUUGGGAUAAAGGGAAAUUGGCGGAACAAUUCCGAAAGGAGACUGAGCAAAGGGAGCAAGAGAAAUUCGAGAGAAAUCUUGAAGAAGCUAAGCGAAUUGUGUUGCAGCAGCAGAAUGACAGCUGGAUUGCUCGAGAAUUACAGGACGAUGACCUUGGUGAUGUCGUACCCUAUACGUCCAUCAUAACGCCACCUCCCGAUCCACAGUAUUUCGACCAGUUAAUUCCCAUAGCUGUGCGCCGCUCAGGAUCAGUCAUCGAUUCUCCGCCUCCUGAGACAGAUGACCCGGUGCUACCGACAACUGGUGACCUAAACGACUGGGAUAUCCAUGAUAUUCAACCGCAUCCAGACGCAGUGGAGAGCGCACUUAUAGGCAUCGACCCGUAUUCUGACGUGAAAGACGAUGGACUGGUAUUCGAAAAAAUUUAUCGCCAAUCCGACACCAAACAAGAUUAUGUCGACCUCCACAUUGAUGUCCGCAAGCCCAUUGUUCAAGACCCUGUGCACGACUUGAACUAUGACCCCUACGCCAACACGGAGGAUAUUCUUCAGAAGGAAUUAGAAUAUUCAGCACAGCAGUACGAUGCCGACAAAGGCUUUUCGGGCCUGCCAAAUACCAAUUUCGAUUUGGACUUUGCUCCGAGCCGCCCUGGAGUUCAAGGGUAUACAGAUUCCGGGAUCCCGCGUGAUGAUCCAAGGAAGCCAUAUGACCAGAACAUUCCCGCAUUCGCCACUCCAGAUCAGUGUGCUAAUCCCUGGUACGUUGCUCCUGCCUCCUCCACUACCGUCACCCCAACUCCCUCCCCUCCCCCAGCCUCGGACCUUUUGCCCCCUCCCAAGACCGUCAGGGAAAUGCUCUGCUGGCUGGUAGGGAUGACUCAAUAUGGGUAUGUUGGGAAGAUUAAGGAGCGUAUUAAGGACAUUUUGGAAGACAUCAACAACGAUUUCUCCCAGCUCUCAGAUGCCCUCGAGGUCACCGGGCGCCCCUCUCAGCUGACCGCUGCCCAUGUCACCGCCAAACUGACCGAGGCAUGCCACUACGCUGCCAACGUUCUCCACAGGAUCAAGCACAAAGAUAUUUCGCAAGCUACUUCAAUUCCCGAUUUCAGUUCAGAAUAUUCCAAGCUUCAUUACUCCGACGAUCCCGCCUGCCUCCUCUGCCAGCUGCGGGACUACACCUACGCGUGCUACCACCAGUUGGAGUUCCUAAGGUCUCAGUGUUCUCGGGACCAAUCACAUGGUGGUUGGAAGGAUUGUAAUUACGGCCUUUAUGUGAAUGUUUCCGACUCCCCCCUCCAGGCCUUCCUGACUGACGGCCCCGACUCCAAGUUCGAGACUCAUCCCUUCGACCCAUGUGACAUCUGCCGCAAGAGCCGCAUCAACAUGGGAUUCACAAAGGAGGAUUUGCCUGAAGAUAAUCUAGAAGGCCAGCAUAUUUAUACUGUCCUCUCCCCCACCUGCGGCGGAGAUGACCCUUUGCUGACGCUGUCCUCUUACCUCAACUGCCUCACCAGGCGGACGCCGCGCACCACCGGGGAGCUUGUCUCGUUCUUCCACAAUUUCGGGCAUGUGCUGCACAAUGCACCUUCAGACAUGUCCAAGCUGAGCUCCGCCCUCUCCACUGCUCAUCGCCACUGCCCCGACUGGGACUGCCUUCGUGACGCCAACCUCCAAGCCAUCAGGGACCUACGAGGCCCCGCCCCUCCCAAUUCCAUCCACGACCACGACAAGGACCAUCUCAAGACUCUGUCCACGCUGCUUGGCUGCGACAUCACUAACGCCAAGUGCCCACAACACUUCACGCCCAUCACCUACCGGGCCUACGCCCUGUACUCACUAAGCUUCGCCCACCACUACCUCAGCUGGGCGGUGUACCUGCCAGACAGACUCUGGGAGUCAAUGCUCAAGCUGCGAGAUGAUCUCGAGAAGCUUCAAUGUCAAGACUCCAAGGCCAAGGCUCUCCACCAGUGUGACAAGGCCCUGCCCCUCCUCUACUCUCACGGGCUCACGCCACCGGAGGGCACAACGCAGCCGUCACUCACGUGUUACGAUGUCAUCGCCAAGCUGAAGGAAGUGGUCAACGGAAAGCCUAUCGCAAGCCUCAUGACCGCCAUGGACACAUUCCUCUACGGCAUCCGGGAGCCUUUCAUCUUCACCAUCGCAGCACUUUGGCUCAUCGCCACGCUCUACAUCCUCCACUCACUGCUCUACCGCAUGGACGUCCUGCGCAUCCGCUCGCACCUCCUCACCACCAGGGCCUCCCACCUCAUCGACGUCAAGGCGCUGCUCGCCGGCAGCAGGAGAAUGCUCUCACUCUACAUGGACCAUUUAGGUAACUGGAAGUCUGCCGCCAGCGAUGUUAUUUCCAAGGCGGAGGGGAAGUGUGAUGAGAUACUUAAGAAAGUUCAGACAGAUAAAGGUUCUCCAGGUCCGAUUUUUAAGGAAGCUAAAACUUUACAAGAUAAGGGAAAAGAUCUUUUGAAGGCUGCGAAGUCGGCCAAAGAGGCUGUUGAAUUGAAGGUCACUGAGGCUCUAAAGGCUGUUGUGAAAAUGGACACAGAUCUCAAGAAGGAUUUGAAGAGUGUCAAAAAGCAGAUUAAAGAAGGGAUUAAGGAUGUGAUUACGGAUUUGGGAGUUGAUAGUUUGGAUCAGAAAGUGAUAAAGGAUUUGGGGACGUUGAAGCAGAGGAUUGAGGGGCUCAAAAGUAAAGUGGAAGAUAAUAGUAACAGCCUUGUUAAAGGUGAAUUGGAUAAGCUUGGAACGGCAAAGAUAGAGCUUGACAAAGUUACUGGUAAUCCAAAUGGUUCAAUUCAGACGGCGGUGAAUGGGCUUGAAGAGAAGUUUAAUGAGCAUAUCAAGACUCCGCUUACCCAGGCGGUCGGUGAAGUUGACAAGGCGAUUGAGACGCUUGGCGGGACGUUUAAAGAUACUGGUGAUCUGAAGACUUUUGAUAAGAUUUUCGAGCAUAUUAAAAAGCAGGUUGGGGAGAUUAAGGGGAAGGCGAAGGCAAAUACCCACGGCGGCAGUGGUCUCCUUGGCAUUGCGGGCGCGAUAAAGAACUAUGCGGAUGCGUUCAGCGGGGAAGAUGAAUUCAACAAAAGAGUGCAGGGCUGGCUGGAUGCCAUCUGGGGGAAUGAUACUGAUGGGAAGAAUAAUCAUAAGCUGCAAGAUUGGCUUAAGGCGUGGAUUGGGCAGAAGGGUGUGCAUUUGUCGAGUUUGCAAUUGAGGGUUCUGGGCAAUGAACAAAUUGACACGGUGCGUGGUCCAAUUAUCCAUCAGAUCAAGGGGCAAUUUGAAAACGACGCCGGAAAAGCAGCGGGUGAAAAAGUUACGCAACACAGAAAUGGGAACAGCAUCCAAAAGGACGUCGAGGCCGUAAAGGAGGGAUGCAAGUAUUUUGUCAGCCAGCUGGAUGACAGAUUUAAGACUGGUAAGCAGAUUGCCGAGCAGAUUGCAAAAGCCGUUGAGAGUGACGUUACAGGUAAAUUUACGUAUGGCAGUAUAAAGCAGGAGCAUAUAACACCGCUUAUAGAAGCCACCAUGAUAGCCCUCCGCACAACCGUCCACCAGGUGGCCAGCGAAAUUGACUCCAUUCUCCUCAGCGACUACAGGAUGGACAAGGGCAAAAGAAGCAUCGCAACAGCGUUAGAUGAAGCUUUAGAUGCGACUAAAAAGCUCGACGAUCAGCUUAACAAGGCGACUACCCCCUACCCUCACGAUCCAAAUGUUAGCCCCGCCAAAGCCGUGGACAGUAAGUUGGGGGAAGUGAGGGAUUUUGUUAAAGAAAGUGAGCUUACCGAAAAUUUUAAGACCGUCAAACAUGAACUUGCAGAACAGGUCAAGAACCUUCCCUUCGCCGUUGACACUUUCAACAAAAGCGCCGAGGACCAGAUCAGGGAAGCUGCCAAGAGGGCGAUUAAGGAGGCGGCUGAGAAAAUUGAGAUGGACAAGAGUAAUCAACAAGUUAACUUGAAGACGAUGCCACAAUUUGAUACUCUGUUCUCUAAGAUCAUGCAUACUGAUGAUGGCCUCGAACCACAAAUUCAAGCGCUGCUUGAGAAGCACAUUGGAUAG